AUGAUGCCAGAAGGAGAGAGGCCGGCACCAACAGAAGCAGCAGCUACAGGCGAAACAGGAACGCGGGCUAAACAGGUGGACACAAAAAGGAGGUCCCCUGACCAAUGGGUGUCGCUUUUAUUCAGGUUCCUUCAGCUGGCCUCAUCGGUUAUAUCCUUUGUGGUGUUGCUUAAAGCGGGCCACCUGGACCUCGACUUCAGAAGGUACCAGGCAUUUCGCUAUCUCCUGGCAGGCAUGGUCAUAACAGCUGCCUGGUCUCUCCUCAUGCUGCUGAUAGAGCUGCUCCAACUUGCGAUGGGCCGCAAGCUCCGGUCCCUGAUUUGGCGAGGGCUUGUCUAUCUCAUGGACAUUCUUAUGGCAUUGGUUGCCCUCAGUGCGGGUGCUGCCGCAGCAGCAGUAACCACGUUCAAUGAUCGGGGAAUAGUGCUGUUCAACUAUGCUCCAUGUGUUGGACCAUCACCAUAUACUAGGUUUUGUUCAAGAACCAAGGCUAGCACUGCAUUUGCGUUCAUCACAUUCUUCUUUUUCCUUCCUCACAUCUUGUUGUCUGCCAUCUCGUAUUUCAUUCGCUUCUUUGAAGCAGCGGCAGCAUGGCAGCCGUCGGAGCAGGGAGCGAACGAGAUCUGCUCGCUGCUGCACGAGUACCUUAAGCCAGGGGUCGAUCAGGCGCGAAUCUUCCAGGAACUGCAGCGAUGCAGCCAAUUUCCCGAUUUCAACAACUACCUCGCGUUCCUUCUGUGCAAGGGAGAGAACCAACCAGUGGAGGUUCGUCAGAGCGCGGGUCUCCUCCUGAAAAACAACCUGAGAACCGGCUACGAGAACCUGAACCCCGCCUAUCUCGCCUACAUCAAAUCGCUCCUGCUGCCGUGCAUAGGCCUUCCGGAUCACCAGUUACGCGCUACAGUGGGCACCGUUAUAUCGUGUAUUGUGGAGCAGCAGGGUGGGCUGCACGCGUGGACGGACCUGCUGCAAGUGAUGCUGCAGUGUUUGGACUCGAACGAUUUCAGCCACAUGGAAGGAGCGCUGGAUGCUCUGUUUAAGAUGAGUGAGGACAUGCCGUUGCAACUCGACAGGGACAUCCCCGGCCUGGCGGAGCGCCCCAUCACCGUCUUCUUGCCGCGCUUGCUGCAGCAAUUCGCCUCGCCACACGCCAGCCUGAGAAAGUUGGCGCUGGGGAGCGUGAACCAGUUCAUUCUGCACAUGCCCAGGGUGCUGCUGGUGAACAUGGACAGCUACCUGCAGGGUCUCUUUGCUCUCGGAUCCGACCCCAUCCCCGAAGUCCGCAGGCUGGUGUGCUCAGCGGUGGUCCAGCUCAUCGAGCUGCAACCCUCCUUCCUCCAACCGCACAUGCGCAAUGUGAUAGAGUACAUGCUAGCUUCCACAAGAGACUCUGACCCCGAUGUGGCUCUCGAGGCGUGUGAGUUCUGGUCAGCCUACUGCGAGAACAACCAGUCGCCCGAGAUGCUGAGGGAGUUCCUGCCCCAGCUUGUAACGGUUCUCUUGACGAACAUGGUGUAUGCUGAUGAUGACGAGGCAGUCAUUGAUGCUGAGGAUGAAGGAGGUGCUCCCGAUUCUGAUCAGGAUCUCAAGCCGCGUUUUCAUCAGUCAAGGCUGCAUGGUGCCAAUGGCGAGGACGCGGAGGAGGACUAUGAUGAGAGUGCGAGCACAUGGAAUCUGCGCAAGUGCAGUGCAGCAGGGCUGGACAUUCUCUCUCACGUCUUCGGAGACGCGCUGCUGCCCGUCCUCAUGCCUCUCAUCCAGACGAACCUUGCGGAUCGCAGCGAGGGCAAGUGGAAGGAGCGGGAGGCGUCAGUCCUAGCCGUGGGCGCUGUAGCAGAAGGCUGCAUUGACGGGCUGCUGCCCGCGCUGCCGCAGAUGAUCGCCCACCUGCUGCCCCUCCUGGAGGACCCGCACCCGCUGGUUCGGAGCAUCACGUGUUGGACGCUGUCGCGCUACUCAAAGUGGAUCGCCCGUGCGGUGGACAAGCCCGAGGGGCAGCAGCAGUUUGACGCCGUUCUGACUGGGUUUUUGGCGAGGAUUCUGGAUAACAACAAGAGGGUGCAGGAGGCCGCUUGCUCUGCAUUCGCCACUUUGGAAGAGGAGGCGGUGGACGAGUUGCCUGAUCGCCUGGAGCCCAUUCUGCAGCACCUCGCCUUCGCGUUCAGCAAGUACCAGGUGAUUGCAUCAGAGUACCGUCUCUUACUCCUCUCUUAUCCCUCUCUUACCCCUCUCUUAUCCCUCUCUUACCCCUCUCUUAUCCCUCUCUUACCCGUCUCUUCCCCCUCUCUUAUCCCUCUCUUACCCCUCUCUUCCCCCUCUCCCUGCUGGCAGCGGCGCAACCUGCGCAUUCUGUACGAUGCAGUGGGAACUUUGGCGGACUGUGUGGGGGGAACACUGCAAGAUCCGCGUUACAUCGCAGUGCUGAUGCCGCCUCUCACAGCCAAGUGGCAGCAGAUAUCCGACUUCGAUCGCGACAUCUUCCCUCUGCUCGAGUGCUUCACCUCUGUCGCUCAGGCCCUGGGCCCCGCCUUUGCUCCCUAUGCCGAGACGGUGCUGGCUCGCUGCUGCCACAUUAUUCGAGUGCAGCUCGUGGCACAGAAGGACCCAGCAGCAGCAGGGGCGCCAUACGACAAGGAGUUUAUAGUGUGCGCUCUGGAUCUCAGCUCAGGAGUCGUAGAGGGCCUUGGGCCGACAGUUGAACCCCUGAUCGCCAAGAGCGGCUUGACGGACCUGCUGCUGCAGUGCUGUGCUGUGGACGCCAAUGACAUCAAGCAGAGCUCUCUUGCUCUACUGGGUGACCUCACCAAGUCGUGUGUGCAGCAGUCGUGUGUGCAGCAGGUGCGGCCGCGUCUCAACGACUUCCUCUCCGUGUGCGUGAGCCAGCUGAACGGCCCCGAGUCCUUUGUCCACGAGAAGAUUUCAGUCGCCAACAACGCUUGCUGGGCGCUGGGGGAACUGGCUGUGAAGGUGCGCGAGGAGAUAUCGCCAGCGGUGGUACCGGUGUUGAACAACAUUGUCCCUGUCCUGACAUCUGCACAGAACCCGCGGGGUACCAAUCUAGCGCUUGUGGAGAACUGUGCCAUCACGCUCGGCCGCUUUGCAUGGGUGUGCCCUGACGUGCUGGCCCCCCAGGCCUCCCACUUCCUGGUUCCAUUCCUCACCACGCUCAAAGGUAUUCGUGACGAUGUGGAGAAAGAGGAGGCGUUUAAAGGGCUCUGCGCUGUGCUGCGUCUCAACCCCAUGGCAGCAUCCGCCGCCAUCCACCCACUGCUGCUUCUUCCCCCCUUCAUUGUUUCCAUCGUUCCCCCUACCGUCCUCACCCCCACCCCCAUUCCAUUAUCCCCUCACACCAGCUGCGUCUCAACCCCAUGGCAGCAUCCACUGCUAUCCACCCACUGCUGCCACACUCCCCUCAUCCCCGGCUCAAAUCCACAACCCCCCCAUUCUCUCCUCUCAUCCCUCCUUGUCCCGCUCCCUGUACCCACUCACCAGCUGCGUCUCAACCCCAUGGCAGCAUCCUCCGCCAUCCACCCGCUGCUGCUGCUUCUCCCUUACCUUGCCCAUGCCUUCCCGUUGCCUCCCCUUCCCCCCGUCUCUCCCCAUCCCCCCCUUUAUCCCCUUGUCUCCCAGCCGCGUCUCAACCCCAUGGCAGCGUCCUCCGCCAUCCACCCACUGCUGCUUCUUCCCCACUUCAUUGUUUCCAUCCGUCCUCCGCCAUCCACCCACUGCUGCUUCUUCCCCACUUCAUUGUUUCCAUCGUUCCCCCUACCGUCCCCACCCCCACCCCCAUCCCCUCAUCCCCUUGUCUCCCAGCUGCGCAUCAACCCCAUGGCAGCGUCCUCCGCCAUCCACCCACUGCUGCUUCUUCCCCACUUCAUUGUUUCCAUCGUUCCCCCUACCGUCCCCACCCCCAACCCCAUCCCCUCAUCCCCUUGUCUCCCAGCUGCGCAUCAACCCCAUGGCAGUGUCCUCCGCCAUCCACCCACUGCUGCUUCUUCCCCACUUCAUUGUUUCCAUCGUUCCCCCUACCGUCCCCAACCCCACCCCCAUCCCCUUAUCCCCUUGGUCUCCCAGCUGCGUCUCAACCCCAUGGCAGCGUCCUCCGCCAUCCACCCACUGCUGCUCGCCAUUGGCAGCUGGAGGGUAGGUCAAUGA